AUGUCGAAUUCGUACGACUUCAAAAGACUGGGCUUCAUCGGCCUUGGUGCCAUGGGAAAACCGAUGCUCUCACAUCUCGCCAACAAACUGCCUCAGGAUUCACGCAUUUGGGUCUACGAUGUAGUCGAACAGAUGGUAGACGAUGCAUGUGCAGAGUUUCCGGAUCGAGUGUUGAAAGCAAAAAGCGCCAAAGACGUUGCGGAGCAAGUUGACACAAUCUUGAGCAUGGUUCCCGAAGGUUCACAUGUACGAUCUGUGUAUCUCCAUCCCGAGAAUGGUGUCUGUAGUACCGAUAUCUCGGGCAAGCUGCUCGUCGACUGCUCCACAAUAGACACAGCAACAAGCCUCGCCGUGAAGGAUCACAUUGCGAAGACGUUUCCCUCGGCCUCGUUCUAUGACUCCCCAGUCAGUGGCGGCGUAGUAGGAGCCAUCAAAGGCACAAUCGCAUUCUUUCUAGGCUGUGCAGAGUCGGACCCAAAUAUCGAGCGUCUUACAUAUCUGAUGGGUCUGAUGGGCGGGCAAGUAAUACCCUGUGGGGGACCGUCACUAGGGCUUGCGGCAAAGUUGUCGAACAACUACCUCUCGGGCAUAAUCGCCAUAGCCUGCUCAGAAGCGUUCGAUAUGGGUAUGCGUAGUGGACUGGACCCUCGAACGUUGGCCAAAGUAUACGCUGCGGGUACUGCUCAGAACAGUAUUUGCGACAAGUUCUGUCCUGUCCCACAUGUAUACCCUGAGGCUCCAUCGUCGGGAGGCUGGAAGCAAGGUUUUAAAGUGCAGCUAAUGCGCAAAGACUUUGGUUUGGCGGUGGAUAUGGCGAAGCAGGUAGGGUCACGAAACGUUUUAGGGGACGUUGGUUUACAGACAUACGAUGGUGCUGCCAAUGAUCCGCGUUGUAGGGACUUGGAUUCGCGUGUAGUGUAUCGCUACCUUGGUGGGCAGGAAGAUUGGCAAACCGAGACGAAUGGCGCAUAA